AUGAAUUUGAGUGGCUGGUUCAGUGUUAUUCUUUUUACUGGUUGCCUCGCAUUUUCCUGUCAAGAUGAAUUGAACAAUACUAAAGGUAACUGAAAGAAAACUGGUUCUGUUUAGUCUAACGUCUUAAAGUCUUAAAGUCUAACUCAGAGAAGCUACGUGCUUCCUCUUUUUUAUGACUACCGAGAAAGCGAUUUAUUUGUUAAUCACAAUUGUUUUAUACUGUUGGCGAGCUAUAAAGAUGGCCUUGUUAUUUCGCUUGUUGUUAUAUUGUAUGUGAGGAUCUGAAGCACCAGUCUUCAAAUUUCGAAGCCUUGGCCAUGCAUUACUCUAAUCUCUUGUAAGUAGAUGACUUCGGAACAGAAAAUCUGAUCUUUUAAAGUCACAUUCUCUGAAGAACUGUUUCGUAGUCUUUGAUGUAGGUUAUUUGCUGACUACGAGAAAACUGUUUUGGUUAAUUUUGUUGGUUAAUUUUGGACGAAUGGGCUCCUUUCCUCUUCUCUUCUUUUCUCUCCACUCGACGUUUCAUUGUAUGGAUUUGGGCGAGACAUAUUUCCUGUUACAGACAAAUUGUCUCACACAGAAACGAGAAGGGGAGGAGGGGGGAACACAGACGCAGCGGUCGCGAAUAAAGUCAAUUAGGCCUAAAAUUGUAUUACAUACAACAUUUGAACCCAGAAGCCUUUUUGGAGCAUUAAAACAAAAAGGGAAAUGUGACUUAUUUCCCUUGCAUCAUUUCAACCAUGCUGCCUGUAAGAUGCUCAUAUAUUACUGCUCUCUGAAAUAACUGCGGAAAUUCAUCCUUUUCUCUAAAUAUUUCACUUCAUAGCAUCAGCAGCAGUUUCUCAUUCCUUUUACCCACCUCUAUUACCAUACUAACGAUAAUAAUUACUCCAACUACAGGUGCGUAUGUUAGUGGGGGUGCCAUCCACUUCGCGAGUUUUAUUUAUUUUUUUAAUGAUUUAUGAGAGUGAAAAAAAAAGGUGUUAUCUAACUUCCAUGGAAAAAAAAACAAAACAAAACAAAACAAAAAAAAAAAAAAACACUCAAGCUGUAUGAUUUUAAAAUAUGUUAGACACCACUUGUAUGAAAUCGGCUCCGGUAGUUUAUUCAAUUAGCUGAGAACUGCAAUUAUUAUUUUCAAUUGAUUUCAUUUCCCAGGGUCCGGGUAUAAGUGUCUUAUGGUAUAAGGCACAUGAUGUAUAUCAAGCGUCUUCACCUCACAUAUUUUCGCGUACAACAAGAUCUUCUCAAAACAACAAUAACAGCAACAACAACAAAAUGAAAAGCAUUUAAGCAGAUUGUACGGUGACUGGGCCAAGAAGAGACCUUUAUUUUUUGUUAUACGUAGUAGCAAAAUGAAGUGAUGUCAGGUACCCUCACUCCAAGUUCUUGUCUGCCCUAUUCCCCCGUCACACCUUUAUAUAUAUUACCCUCCUCUCCCCAUACAAAUCUCUACGGUACAAUGGUGUGGCUGAAAUUUUGUUAUUGUUAUUAUUAUUGUUAGUAUUAUUAUUAUUAUUUAUUUUUCUAGUGAUUAUCUUAGUAAGAAUGCAAUUGACCUUGAAAAUACUUUCUUCUGUUUUUUAAUCGAAAUGAAUUGUUUUAAUCGAAAUGAAAUGUUCUUAAUCUGAAUAAUUUUUGUUUAAUGACAUGAACUUUUUUUUCUAAUCAAAACUAAGGGUUUUUAACGGAAGGAAUUGUAAUUAUUAUUAUUAUUAUUAUUAUUAUUAUUAUUAUUAUUAUUAUUAUCAUGAUUAUUUCAUGCCCCUAAUAACUACCACAGGAUUGGGUAUGUAUGGCUGGUUAUGUCUCUUAAAAUAUUUGUAUUAUUUCCUCUAGCCGCUGUAGAUGGAAAUUGGGGUGAAUGGAGCCAGUGGAGUACAUGUACUCGGACAUGCGGAUAUGGCGCCCAACAAAGGACCCGCGAAUGCAACAAUCCUGCACCCUCUCACGGAGGGAAAGAUUGUGCAGGACCAAAUAUAUUCCAUAGACUAUGUAAUCAGCGAAACUGCUCAGGUAAAACUUAAACUAGCAAGUAUAAAAAGAUAAGAAUGAUAGCGGUAUUAUCUAAUCAAAUUAUCCCAAAGAAAACUUUAACUAUUGACAUCUAGCUGUCUUUAAAUUACGCAGCCACUUCUUAACCACAGGCCACGCGCACGAAUAAUACCAAGAAUAAUGGAUUUGCUCAAAUUUGCAAAAACUGAGGAGUAAAUCUGGGGCAAACAUGGUAAAUACCAAAUUUGCCAACCUAUAUAAUAAAUUAUUUUGGCAUUUUUGCGACAUAUUUUCUAGAAGAAAAUGUAUGAAAAUCCACUCUUUCCUCCAGUAAUAAAUCCUCUUUUACUACGCUAAAUAAGCGCUUUGAUACCAUUUUCGUCUUCUCGAACAAAAUUUUCUUCAAUUCCAGUCUCUAGAUCGUUAGGGGGGUGUGUUUUCAGCAGGGAUACACGUGGAAAAGAACGUAUUUGUCAUUCUGUCAUGCCCCUAAUAACUACCUCAGGAUUGGGUAUGUAUGGCUGGGUAUGUCUCUUAAAAUAUUUGUAUUAUUUCCUCUAGCCGCUGUAGAUGGAAAUUGGGGUGAAUGGAGCCAGUGGAGUACAUGUACUCGGACAUGUGGAGGUGGCGAACAACAGAGGACUCGCGAAUGCAAUAACCCUGCACCAGCUAACGGAGGAAGAGAAUGUGAGGGUGCAUUCAGACAAAGAGAUAGACUGUGCAGUUAUCAAGGUUGUCCAGGUGCCAAUGAUAUGAAAUUGUUGGAGAUAAAAAAAGAUAAAUUUAUUUGAAAAGCAGUAAUAUUGAAAUGUAACGAACAUUGUAAAUAUCUAUUGAUUUCGACCAAUGGUGGAUGCUUUAGCAACUGUCGUCAACCGCGAAGAGUAAUUGAGUUUUGAGCAAUUCAGUAACCAUGAUUUUAUAAUUGAUGUUAUUAUUAUUAUUUUUUUUAUUCAGUUGACGGAAUGUGGAGCCCAUGGGGUUCUUGGAGCCAAUGUAGUAAAACAUGUGAGCACGGUACAAGGAAAAGAACACGUCUGUGCAAUCAUCCAGAACCAGCCUUUAAUGGAACAUUCUGCGCUGGUAUUGGACAUGAGACGCAAAACUGUAGCGGUCUUCCCGCUUGU